GCUCAGGGAGCGUGCAGCACGGCGAACGGCGGUGUGCUGUGUCCCUCGGACACAGCGGAUCACCGAUCACAGAAAUAGCCGAAGAUGUCGGCUUGGUCAUGUGAUCAGCUGUGUCCAAUCACAGCUGAUCACAUGGCACUGAUGAUCAGUGUGCCCUGAUGAUCAGUGUAGCCCCAGCAGUGCCACCUGUCAAAGUCCAUCAGUGCCAGCUGUCAGUGCCGAUCAGUGCCACGUGCCAGUGCCUAUCAGUGCCACAUCAAUGCCACAUCAAUGCCACAUAUCAGUGCAUACCAGUGCACAUCAAUGCCACAUAUGAGUGCCCAUCUGACCUGCCUUUCAGUGUCAUCCAUCAGUGCCACCUAUCAGUGCUGCCAAUCAGUGCCAGUCAGUGCUGCCUAUCAGUGUGCAUCAGU